CUGCUGCCAUUCGACUCCGGGUUUGAUGCGGUGGUGGAGUCCUCGGUGACCAGCUUACUGUAGCCAGUCCUCCCAGCUACUUUAGCGCACAACUUUUAAUAUCAGCUGUGCGUCGAGUCCGCAGACUUCUCCAGUGCGCAAAUUAGACGUUUUUCCUCAGUUUCAGCCUCAUCCUGCCUCUGAAACCAGGCCAAGCUAGACCUGUCGCGCAACAUCCCCACCACCUUUUGUGGAUUUUUUCCCCCCUCCUGCAGCCAAACAGUCUGGUGCUUAGAAGGAAUUAAAAACACAUAGGGGGGAAAUCAAAGCGCACUUUGCCGGAUUGUUUAGCGAGCAUGGCGAGAAGAUGUGGAAGAAGGUGUGAAGCCGCUGAUGAUGAGGAUUAUUCCUAACAGACGUGCAGUGAGGUACCCUGGUUGCGGAUUCCGGCUGCUCGGUCAUCGACCUGAGGGGGAGAUUUUUGGGGAGAAGUCGUGUGGAGCACAAAGAGCGCAUUAAAGCCCGACUCCCAAGUUUUUACGCAUGCAUCUGCUGUGCGCACUGACAGGACCGAGGUGUUAGAGCAGCUCCAGCACUCUGCUUUUGUUUAGAACUUGUUUUCUCCUCCAGACUUCCAGCACAACACAAAAGUUGGACAAGUUUCCAGUGUGGAGGGAACAAACGCGCUUUGAAUCCACCACCAUCUGAUUAACCGCAUGUAGCCACCGUGCGUAUUUUCUCUGCUGCGGUGUUUUGAACACAGUGUGAGGCUUUUUUUUCCUGAGCUCAAGUCCACUUUAAAUGCGGACUGGUUUGCGGUCAGUGAGUGCAGAGCCGAGCUGUCAGUCGAGUGGCUGUCAGUGCCACUUGGUUUGUAACCCAAGUCCAGCCAUCUCCAACCACGUACCACCAACACCAUGGAGCUGAUAUACACAAGCAUCGUCCUGCUGGGCUGCAUCUUCCUGGACUGGACUCCUCUGGGUGCUGCAGAGGAAGAGGUCCUGAUGAACACUAAGACGGAGACUUCGGAUCUCAAAUGGACCAUCUUCUCGCGUGCCAAACCCGAGUGGGAGGAAGAAAGCGGCUUAGACGAGGAGAACAACAGUGUGAGGAUCUAUCUGAUCUGCCAGAUGAACAGUUCAUCCAGCAACUGGCUGCGCAGCGGCUUCAUCCCGCGACGAGGAGCGUCGUAUGUUUACGUAGAGCUGCGAUUCACCAUGAUGGAGUGUUCGUCCAGAAGCACCCACCACCGCAGCUGUAAGGAGACCUUUAACCUUUACUACUACCAGGCAGACUCCAACGAGGCCACAGCGACGUACCCACCCUGGAUGGAGAACCCUUACGUCAAGGUGGACACAGUGGCUGCAGACUUUCUCCUAACAAAGGAAAGGGAGAGGAAAUUUAAUGUGAAGACCUUACGAAUCGGCCCUCUGUCCAAGAGAGGUUUCUACUUGGCUUUCCAGGCUCAGGGCGCCUGCAUGGCCCUGCUGUCUGUCAGGGUGUUCUUCAAAAAGUGUCCACCCCUUGUCAGCGCUUUGUCCUCUUUCCCCGAGACUGUUCCCCGUACUCUGGUGCAGGAGGCUCAGGGCGUAUGCGUGGACCACGCCGCUCAACAGGGGCCCAGACCUCGGCCGCCAAAGCUCUUCUGCGGGGAAGACGGCCAGUGGGUGGGCCAGCCGACAACCUCCUGCGCCUGCCUACCUGGAUACGAACCAGCCGAGGGACACACGAGAUGCAUAGCCUGUCCUGUGGGUCAGUUCAAGUCCAGCACGGAUGGCCAGUGCACAGGAUGUCCAGGAUUCAGCCACGCCACCAUCAGAGGAGCAUCGGUUUGUGCGUGUCGCUCUGGAUACCUGCGAGCAGAGGCGGACUCUCCCGACACCGCCUGCACUCGAACGCCCUCUGCCCCUCGCAGCAUCAUCCCCCAGAUCAACGACACCACACUGAGCCUGGAGUGGAACGAGCCUUUGGACAACGGCGGCAGAACAGACCUGAGCUACUCGAUCAGGUGCUCCCUGUGCAGGUCACCCAAAGGAUCGUGCAUCCCCUGCGGAGACAGCGUCAGCUACCGGCCCGCUUCGGAAGGCCUGCUGGGUCGCAGGGUGGAGGUGUGGGGCCUCCUGCCACAUACCACGUACACCUUCACCAUCCAGGCGCUCAACGGGGUAUCCGAGCUCAGCGGCAAAGAGCCUGCCAGCGAAAGUGUCAACAUCACCUCAAGCCAUGAUGUGCCGUCGCUGGUGUCUGUGAUUCGGAAGAGCGACUCCACAGAGAGCAGUCUGACUCUGCACUGGUCAGUCCCUGCUCAGCCACACUACACCAUUCUGCAGUAUCAGCUGCGCUACUGUGAGAAGGAGCGGCGCAGUGAGGAUCAGUGCCACUACACAGAGAGCAGCAGAAACCAGGCUGUGCUGACAGACCUCCGCAGGGCCACACAGUACGAAGUGCAGGUUCGGGCCCGCACCUCAGCUGGUUAUGGCAGCUUCAGUCCCGCAGCCAUCUUCCGCACCCUCCCUGAUGGACAUGACUCUGCCUCCCAGUUCUUGGUACCUGGCAUCCUUAUCGCCGUCGGGAUGCUGCUGCUUGUCACUUUCGUCUUUGUGGCCGCCUUCUGCAUACGCCGGCACAGCCGAAUAAAGGAUCCAGAGCUGAGCGACAAAAAUAGCCAGUACCUUGUCGGCCAAGGGGUCAAGGUUUAUAUCGACCCUUUCACCUAUGAGGACCCUAAUGAGGCGGUGCGAGAAUUUGCCAAGGAAAUCAAUGUUUCCUUUGUCAAGAUUGAGGAGGUUAUCGGUGCUGGCGAGUUUGGGGAGGUGUGUCGAGGACGGCUGAAGAUCCCUGGGAAAAAAGAAAACUACGUAGCAAUUAAGACACUGAAGGGAGGCUACACCGAAAAGCAGAGACGAGACUUCUUGUCUGAGGCGUCCAUCAUGGGACAGUUCCAGCAUCCCAACAUCAUCCACCUGGAGGGAAUCAUCACGGCCAGCUGUCCAGUCAUGAUCCUCACUGAGUUUAUGGAGAACGGAGCUCUAGACUCUUUCCUCCGGCUGAAUGACAGCCAGUUUACACCCAUCCAGCUGGUGGGUAUGCUGCGCGGCAUUGCCUCUGGCAUGAAGUACCUGGCAGAAAUGAGCUACGUCCACCGAGACCUGGCUGCCCGCAACAUCCUGAUCAACAGCAACCUGGUGUGCAAGGUGUCUGACUUCGGCUUGUCGCGCUUCCUGCAGGAGAACUCCUCUGACCCAACCUACACCAGCUCUCUGGGAGGUAAAAUCCCAAUCCGCUGGACAGCACCAGAAGCGAUCGCCUUCAGAAAGUUUACCUCUGCCUCAGAUGUGUGGAGCUAUGGCAUUGUCAUGUGGGAGGUCAUGUCUUUUGGAGAGAGACCCUACUGGGACAUGAGCAACCAGGAUGUAAUCAAUGCCAUAGAGCAGGACUACCGGCUGCCACCGCCGCCUGACUGCCCCACACACCUGCACCAGCUGAUGUUGGACUGCUGGCAGAAGGAUCGCUCGGCGCGCCCUCGCUUUGCGGACCUUGUUAGUGCUCUGGACAAACUGAUCCGCAACCCUGCAUCACUGAAAAUAGUGGCUCAAGAAGGAGCGGGGCCGUCCUACCCCCUACUGGAUCAGCGUGCACCUUUAUCUCUUUCACCGUGCGCUACAGUCGGGGAAUGGCUGAGGGCCAUCAAGAUGGAGCGCUAUGAAGACAGCUUCCUGCAGGCCGGUUUCAACUCAGUCGACCAGCUGGCCCAAAUUACCACACAGGAUCUGCUGCACAUGGGAGUGACUUUGGCCGGGCAUCAGAGGAAAAUCCUUUCCAGUAUUCAGACAAUGACCUUUCGGAACAAGAGCACUGCAACUGUGACCUUCUAGCAGACCUGCCUUCUACCCUGGAUGAGAACACCAGCACACAGGUGCCGCCGUGUACUGAGAGCACUCUGGAUCCUCUCCUGUGACCCACUUUGAACACAGGCUCCAAGGGACUUUGGAGAAUUUAUUCAUGACCAAGAAAAAAAGGCAAAAAAGAAAAUUAAAUCAGCAGAUAAGGAUGACUGAUGAGACAGUUGUCUAGAGACUGUCAGGACUCCAGUGACCCGUGACCACGCCAUAAAGCUGUGCAGACUGACUCAGCCUCAUUUUUACAGUUUGUGGUCAGUGUUUUUACAUCUACCUAAGGUUAGGACUCAAUACAUGUGCCAAACCAAGAGGAGCGACAGACCAGAGUUUACACAGUUUCUGUAGUAUCACGUCAUUUUGAAAACAGGACAGUUUACUAGUGUGUUGUCCCAAAAUGUCACUUUUACCUUUCACCAAAGGAGACUAAAAAAAAGCCAAUUCAAGAUGUUUAGUUUUCGUAUUGUGUGUAAUUAUGAAUGAGAACUGCUUUCACCUUGGGUGUCUUGCAUUAAUCCAUCUGGAUUACAUUACUUCACAGACACCUUUCACGUCAAGACUGAACAUUUCAACGGUGGGAUUUUACUUCAUUUCAUUUCCCUACUGAGUUUAACAUUACCUCCUCUUUACUCAGGUGUGGUGUGUAAUGCAGACUUUGGAGAGCGCUGUACUUGCCCUAAUCAUACUCCUCUCAUCUUCCACUGUCUGGCUUUUCCCUCGCCAGCUCAGCAACCUGUGAGGAGAACAAAGACACAGAGACAUAUCAGCAGUUUUGUUGUUUCAAAAUGAAUUGUAAUCUUCAGUUAACUCCAUGUGUUUCUCUUGGAGCGUAGAAACUGGCUAUUUCUACUGCUGGUGUUUCUGCUGGCAGCUCAGUUUUAUUAUAGUCAGACUGAACAAGGACCAAGUGGACUCAGAGACCAGAGAACACUGUAGAAUUGGAUUUCUUUGUAGAAGUUUACCAAGGAAGCUAUCUGGCCUCAAAUCUUGUUUUUCUUGAUAUAACUGAUAAAUUUUUAAUUCUCUUACUCUGUAUUCUCCAUCUUCCAGUGCCAUUCAUUCGUCUUUGUGGACUUAAAUGCCAAUUUUAUAAAGCAGAAAUCUCUCA